CAAUUGACCGAUUAAAAAAACCCCAAUUUCCAAAUACAUUACUCUUUCUAAGCGCUUAUUUCAAAAGUGAUCAAACCAAAACAAAAAGGAACAACCCAAAUCAUCUUUUCCCAAACCCAACGCAACCUUCUUCUUCUUCUUUCUCUGAAUCAUUGCCAUGGUUGCUGAUUCCAAGUCCAAAUCUGACCUCUCAUUUGCUGGAACCUUUGCCAGCAGCGCUUUCUCCGCAUGUUUCGCUGAGGUCUGUACCAUACCUUUGGACACUGCCAAAGUUAGGCUUCAGCUUCAAAAACAAGCUGUAGCUGGUGAUCUAUCCUCCUUACCUAAAUACAAGGGAUUGCUGGGAACGGUUGGAACCAUUGCCAGGGAAGAAGGUCUUUCAGCGCUCUGGAAGGGCAUUGUGCCAGGACUACAUCGUCAGUGUUUGUAUGGAGGAUUAAGAAUUGGGUUAUACGAGCCUGUUAAGACUUUCUAUACGGGAAGUGACCAUGUUGGUGAUGUUCCUCUGUCAAAGAAAAUCCUAGCUGCAUUUACGACUGGUGCCGUGGCAAUUACAGUGGCGAAUCCAACUGAUCUUGUCAAAGUCAGACUUCAAGCAGAAGGAAAAUUACCUCCUGGAGUUCCCAGGCGCUACUCUGGAUCUUUAAAUGCUUAUUCGUCAAUCGCGAGACAGGAAGGAGUUAGAGCUCUUUGGACAGGGCUUGGCCCCAACAUAGCAAGAAAUGGUAUUAUCAACGCUGCUGAACUAGCUAGCUAUGAUCAAGUGAAGCAGACGAUUUUGAAAAUUCCAGGAUUCACCGACAAUGUUGUGACUCAUCUCUUUGCUGGCCUUGGGGCAGGGUUUUUCGCCGUUUGUAUCGGCUCCCCAGUUGAUGUGGUCAAGUCGAGAAUGAUGGGAGAUUCUAGCUACAAAAGCACCCUUGAUUGUUUUGUCAAAACCUUAAAGAAUGAUGGACCCUUGGCAUUUUAUAAAGGGUUCAUCCCAAAUUUUGGACGACUAGGAUCUUGGAACGUGAUCAUGUUUCUAACCCUAGAACAGACUAAAAAGUUCGUCAAAAGUUUAGAGUCAUCAUGAGCUCAAUCAAUUACAUGGACCAAAUGCAGUUGAAAUUGUGGAAAAUAAGGGCCCUUAUAUCUUCAUUUUACUAUCUAGGAUUUAGUCAAACAUUUUUUCAAAGGAGAAAACAUGUAUAAGUUAAACAAAUGAAAUUAUUUCAUAGACACUAGCUUCUUAUGAUUGCAAUCUAUUUUGUAGGAUUGCAUGUUGUUUCCAUGUAAUAAUUCUCUUCAAAUUUUACUAUCAACAAGUUUGGAUGAGAUCACCGUUCCAGCCUCAAAACCAAUGCAUUUGUUAUAAAUAAAUUUAAACAUAGCUUAUCCUUU